CCGCCUCCCUGCACGGGGGCCCGGCCACUCGGAGCAGCUCCGCCGCGGGGACUGCACCGCCCGCCCUGCCGGACCCGCCCCGACCGGGGCUCGACGCCUGCAGCAGCCGCAGCACCGCGACCACGGCCCAGCGCGGGCUAUGUCUGUGCCCCGGGGCUGAGCGCUCAGGCUGUGAGAUCGAGCUCCCCCACGGAGAGACUGAGGAGAGGACAGGAAGGAGGGGCGGGCUCCUGGCAAGGCAUUCGCUCCUGAGCUGAGUCCUGCAAAAGAUGGAGAAGGAGGAGGAGACAACGCGGGAGCUGCUGCUGCCCAACUGGCAGGGCAGUGGCUCCUCCCACGGGCUGACCAUUGCCCAGAGGGACGAUGGCGUCUUUGUGCAGGAGGUCGUGCAGAAUUCCCCUGCGGCCCGCACUGGGGUGGUCAAGGAGGGGGACCAGAUUGUGGGUGCCACCAUCUACUUCGACAACCUGCAGUCGGGAGAGGUGACGCAGCUGCUGAGCUGCAUGGGGCACCACACCGUGGGCCUGAAGCUGCACCGUAAGGGGGACCGCUCCCCUGAGCCUGGCCAGACCUGGACCCACGAGGUCUUCAGCUCCCACUCCUCUGAAGUGGUUCUGAGCGGGGAUGAUGAGGAGUACCAGCGCAUCUAUGACACAAAGAUCAAGCCUCGGCUGAAGUCGGAGGACGGUGUGGAAGGGGAGACCCAGAGUCGCACCAUCACGGUGACUAGAAGGGUCACAGCCUACACUGUGGAUGUGACGGGCCGGGAAGGAGCCAAGGACAUCGACAUCAGCAGCCCUGAGUUCAAGAUCAAGAUUCCACGGCACGAACUGACCGAAAUCUCCACUGUGGAUGUGCACAGCCAGCCUGGGAAGACCGUGAUCAGGCUGCCCUCGGGCCUGGGGGAAGUGUCUUCAGCCACGGGCCCUGCUGUGGACAUUCAAGCAGGUUCCAUGGUCACUUCUGGACCGGAGCUCCAAGGUGCCAGUCACUCGAAACUCCAGGUCACCGUGCCUGGUGUAAAGGAGGUGGAUCUGACCCUUGGGUCCUCCAAACUGAAAGGAGAUAUUAAAGUUUCCACUCAGGAGGUGCAAGGUGAUGUUAAGGGCCCUCAAGUGGCAGUUAAAGGCUCCAAAGUGGACAUAGAGACACCCAGCCUAGAGGGCACCCUGGCAGGACCCAGGCUGAGUGGUUCUCCUGGGAAAGUCGGAACCUGCAGUAUCUCUAUGGCAGAUGUAGACCUAACUGUGGGUGCACCUCGAGUGAAAGGGAGUGCAGAUGUCACACUCCCGAAAGUAGAAGGGAAAGUCAAAGUCCCUGAAGUCAAUGUCAAAGGCCCCAAAGUGGACGUCAGUGCCCCAGAUGUGGACCUUCAUGGCCCAGAGUGGAACCUGAAAAUGCCCAAGAUGAAGAUGCCCAAGUUCAGCACUCCCGGAGUCAAAGGGGAAGGUCCCGACGUAGAUGUGAAUCUGCCCAAAGGACAUGCCAGUAUUACAGGGCCCAAGGUCAACGUGGAAGCCCCAGACGUCAACAUAGGAGGCCUGAGGGGUGAACUCAAAGGCCCUGAUGUUCAGUUGCCUGAAGUGAGUGCCAAGACACCCAAGAUCUCCAUGCCUGACGUAGAGCUACAUGUCAAAGGCACCAAGAUAAAAGGAGAGUAUGAUGUCACAGCACCAAAACUCGAAGGGGAACUGAAAGGCCCCCAGGUGAACAUUAACGCUCCAGAUGUGGAUGUUCACGGCCCUGACUGGCAUCUGAAGAUGCCCAAGAUGAAAAUGCCCAAGUUCAGCGUGCCAGGGCUCAAGGCAGAGGGCCCAGAUGUGGACGUGAACCUGCCCAAGCCUGAUGUGGGCAUUUCUGGGCCCAAGGUAGAUGUUAGUGCUCCCGACGUGAGAAUUGAGGGACCAGAAGGAAAAUUGAAAGGACCCAAGUUCAAGAUGCCUGAGAUGAACAUCAAAGCCCCAAAGAUCUCCAUGCCUGAUGUACAUUUGAAAGGCCCUAGUGUAAAAGGAGAAUAUGAUGUCACAACACCAAAGAUUGAAGGUGAGAUUAAAGUUCCCGAUGUUGAACUCAAAAGUGCCAAAGUGGACAUCGAUGCCCCGGAUGUGGACGUGCACGGCCCAGACUGGCACCUGAAGAUGCCCAAGAUGAAAAUGCCCAAGUUCAGCAUGCCUGGCUUCAAAGCAGAGGGCCCAGAAGUGGAUGUGAACCUGCCCAAGGCCGACAUUGACAUCUCAGGACCCAAGGUUGAUGUUGAAGUUCCAGAUGUGAGCAUUGAAGGACCAGAAGGAAAGCUGAAGGGUCCCAAGUUCAAGAUGCCUGAGAUGAACAUCAAGGCCCCAAAGAUCUCCAUGCCUGAUGUGGAUUUGCAUAUGAAAGGUCCUAAAGUAAAGGGAGAAUAUGAUGUCACAGUGCCAAAGCUGGAAGGUGACCUGAAAGGGCCAAAAGUAGAUGUCGGUGCCCCAGAUGUUGAAGUUCAUGGUCCUGAUUGGAACCUAAAGAUGCCCAAGAUGAAAAUGCCCAAAUUCACCAUGCCUAGUCUCAAAGGAGAGGGCCCGGAACUGGAUGUGAAUCUGCCCAAGCCUGAUGUGGACCUUUCUGCACCCAAGGUAGAUGUCAGUGCUCCAGAUCUGAGCCUUGAAGGACCUGAAGGGAAGUUGAAAGGCCCCAAGUUUAAGAUGCCUGAAAUGCACUUCAAAGCUCCUAAGAUGACUCUGCCUGAUGUUGACCUCGAUCUUAAAGGACCCAAAAUGAAAGGAAAUUUAGAUAUGUCUGCACCAAAAAUAGAAGGCGAGGUGAAAGUUCCAGACGUGGAAAUCAAAGGCCCCAAGGUAGAUGUGAAAGCACCAGAUGUGGACGUACAAGGUGGAGACUGGGGCCUGAAGAUGCCCAAGAUGAAAAUGCCCAAGUUCAGCAUGCCUGGCUUCAAAGGAGAAGGCCCAGAAGUGGAUGUGAACCUGCCCAAGGCCGACAUUGACAUCUCUGGACCCAAGGUUGACAUUGAAGCCCCAGAUGUGAGCCUGGAGGGACCAGAUGGGAAGCUGAAGGGUCCCAAGUUCAAGAUGCCUGAGAUGCACUUCAAGGCUCCCAAGAUCUCCAUGCCUGAUGUACACUUGAAAGGCCCCAAAGUCAAAGGGGAUGUGGAUGUGUCUGUGCCCAAGAUAGAAGGUGAAAUGAAAGUGCCAGAUGUGGACAUCAAAGGCCCCAAAGUGGACAUUGAUGUCCCAGAUGUGGAUGUUCACGGCCCAGACUGGAACUUGAAGAUGCCCAAGAUGAAAAUGCCCAAGUUCAGCAUGCCUGGCUUCAAAGGAGAGGGCCCAGAAGUGGAUGUGAACCUGCCCAAGGCCGACAUUGACAUCUCUGGACCCAAGGUUGACAUUGAAGCCCCAGAUGUGAGCCUGGAGGGACCAGAUGGGAAGCUGAAGGGUCCCAAGUUCAAGAUGCCAGAGAUGCACUUCAAGGCUCCCAAGAUCUCCAUGCCUGAUGUGAACCUGAAUCUUAAGGGACCAAAACUGAAGGGAGAUGCAGAUGUGUCUUUGCCUGAUGUAGAAGGUGAAAUAAAAGUGCCAGAUGUCAAUCUCAAAGGACCCAAGGUUGAUGUCAGUGCCCCAGAUGUGGACGUUCACGGCCCAGACUGGCACCUGAAGAUGCCCAAGAUGAAAAUGCCCAAGUUCAGCAUGCCUGGCUUCAAAGGAGAAGGCCCUGAGGUGGAUGUGAACCUGCCCAAGGCUGACAUUGAUGUCUCAGGACCCAAGGUGGAAGUGGAAGUUCCAGAUGUGAACAUUGAAGGUCCAGAUGCAAAACUAAAGGGUCCUAAAUUUAAGAUGCCAGAAAUGAACAUAAAGCCUCAGAAGAUAAACAUGCCAGAUGUUGGUUUGCAUUUGAAAGGUCCUAAAAUGAAAGGAGAUUUUGAUGUUACAGUACCAAAAGUAGAAGGAGAGAUAAAAGCUCCUGAUGUUGACAUGAAAGGGCCCAAAGUGGAUAUCAAUGCACCAGAUGUGGGAGUUCAUGGCCCAGACUGGCACCUGAAGAUGCCCAAAGUGAAAAUGCCCAAGUUCAGCAUGCCUGGCUUCAAAGGAGAAGGCCCAGAAGUGGAUGUGAACCUUCCCAAGGCUGACAUUAGUGUCUCUGGACCCAAGGCAGACAUCAGUGCCCCAGAGGUGACUCUUGAAGGUCCAGAGGGGAAGCUAAAGGGUCCCAAGUUCAAAAUGCCAAGCAUGAGUAUACAGACACACAAAAUUUCUAUGCCUGAUGUUGGACUUAAUCUGAAAGGCCCUAAACUGAAGACUGAUGUGGAUGUUUCCCUUCCUAAAGUGGAAGGAGACCUAAAAUUGCCUGAAGUAGAUGUGAAAGCUCCUCAGGUGGAUGUGGAUGUUGGUGAUAUUGAUAUUGAAUGUCCUGAAGGAAAGAUAAAAGGCCCUAAAUUUAAGAUGCCUGAGAUGCACUUCAAGACUCCCAAGAUCUCCAUGCCUGAUGUACACUUGAAAGGCCCCAAAGUCAAAGGGGAUGUGGAUGUGUCAGUGCCCAAGAUAGAAGGUGAAAUGAAAGUGCCAGAUGUGGACAUCAAAGGCCCCAAAGUGGACGUUGAUGUCCCAGAUGUGGACGUUCACGGCCCAGACUGGCACCUGAAGAUGCCCAAGGUGAAAAUGCCCAAGUUCAGCAUGCCUGGCUUCAAAGGAGAGGGCCCAGAAGUGGAUGUGAACUUGCCAAAGGCCGACAUUAGUGUUUCUGGCCCCAAAGUGGACAUUGAUGCUCCUGAUUUGGAUAUUGAGGGACCAGAAGGAAAAUUGAAAGGCUCUAAAUUUAAGAUGCCUAAAUUGAAUAUCAAAACUUCCAAGAUAUCCAUGCCAGAUGUGGACUUGAAUUUGAAGGGACCCAAACUGAAAGGCGAGAUAGAUGCUUCUAUGCCAGAACUAGAAGGGGAUAUCAGAGGUCCACAAGUUGAUAUCAAAGGUCCCAGUGUGGAUGUGGAGGUGCCUGAUGUCGAUCUGGAAUGUCCUGAUGCAAAGUUGAAGGGUCCCAAGUUUAAGAUGCCUGAGAUGCACUUCAAGACCCCCAAGAUCUCCAUGCCUGAUGUACACUUGAAAGGCCCCAAAGUCAAAGGGGAUGUGGAUGUGUCGGUGCCAAAAUUGGAGGGAGAUUUGAAGGGCCCCAGCGUGGACGUGGAGUUGCCUGACGUCGAUCUAGAAUGUCCUGAUGCAAAGUUGAAGGGUCCCAAGUUUAAGAUGCCUGAGAUGCACUUCAAGACCCCCAAGAUCUCCAUGCCUGAUGUAGACUUACACUUGAAAGGCCCCAAAGUCAAAGGGGAUGUGGAUGUGUCUGUGCCCAAGAUAGAAGGUGAAAUGAAAGUGCCAGAUGUGGACAUCAAAGGGCCCAAAGUGGACAUUGAUGUCCCAGACGUGGACGUGCACGGCCCAGACUGGCACCUGAAGAUGCCCAAGAUGAAAAUGCCCAAGUUCAGCAUGCCUGGCUUCAAAGCAGAGGGCCCAGAAGUGGAUGUGAACCUGCCCAAGGCUGACAUUGACAUCUCUGGACCCAAGGUUGACAUUGAAGCCCCAGAUGUAAGCUUUGAAGGACCAGAAGGGAAGCUGAAGGGUCCCAAGUUCAAGAUGCCAGAGAUGCACUUCAAGACCCCCAAGAUCUCCAUGCCUGAUGUAGACUUACACUUGAAAGGCCCCAAAGUCAAAGGGGAUGUGGAUGUGUCGGUGCCAAAAUUGGAGGGAGACUUGAAGGGCCCCAGCGUGGACGUGGAGUUGCCUGACGUCGAUCUGGAAUGUCCUGAUGCAAAGUUGAAAGGUCCCAAGUUUAAGAUGCCUGAGAUGCACUUCAAGACCCCAAAGAUCUCCAUGCCUGAUGUACACUUGAAAGGCCCCAAAGUCAAAGGGGAUGUGGAUGUGUCUGUGCCCAAGAUAGAAGGUGAAAUGAAAGUGCCAGAUGUGGACAUCAAAGGGCCCAAAGUGGACAUUGAUGUCCCAGAUGUGGAUGUUCACGGCCCAGACUGGCACCUGAAGAUGCCCAAGGUGAAAAUGCCCAAGUUCAGCAUGCCUGGCUUCAAAGGAGAGGGCCCAGAAGUGGAUGUGAACCUGCCCAAGGCUGACAUUGACAUCUCUGGACCCAAGGUUGACAUUGAAGCCCCAGAUGUGAGCCUUGAAGGCCCAGAAGGAAAACUGAAAGGCCCGAAGUUCAAGAUGCCAGAGAUGCACUUUCAUGCUCCCAAAAUCUCCAUGCCUGAUGUUGACUUCAACUUAAAGGGGCCUAAAAUGAAAGGAGACUUGGAUGUUUCUGCCCCAAAGAUGGAAGGAGAGUUCAAGGGUCCAGAAUUGGAUGUCAAGGGCCCCAAAUUGGAUGUUGAAGUGCCAGAUGUAGCUGUGGAAGGCCCAGAUGGCAAAUGGAAAAGUCCUAAAUUUAAGAUGCCAGACAUGCAUUUUAAAGCUCCCAAAAUCUCCAUGCCAGACCUCAAUCUACACUUAAAAAGCCCUAAGGUCAAAGGAGAGGUGGAUGUAGAUGUUCCCAAAUUGGAAGGUGACCUCAAAGGUGACAUCAGUGGGCCAGAUAUCGACAUUGAAGGACCAGAAGGCAAAUUGAAAGGCCCCAAGUUCAAGAUGCCUGACAUGCAUUUCAAAGCCCCAAAUAUUUCUAUGCCUGAUGUGGACCUGAAUCUGAAAGGACCUAAAAUCAAGGGGGAUGUUGAUGUGUCUGUGCCCAAGGUAGAAGGUCAAGUACCAGAUGUGAACAUCAAGGGCCCCAAAGUAGACAUAAGUGCUCCUGAAGUUCAUGGCCCAGACUGGCACCUGAAGAUGCCCAAGAUGAAAAUGCCAAAGUUCAGCAUGCCUGGCUUCAAAGGAGAGGGCCCAGAAGUGGAUGUGAACCUGCCCAAGGCCGACAUUGAUGUCUCAGGACCCAAAGUGGACAUUGAAGGCCCUGAUGUGAACAUUGAAGGGCCAGAAGGAAAACUGAAAGGUCCUAAAUUCAAGAUGCCUGAGAUGAACAUCAAAGCCCCUAAGAUCUCCAUGCCUGACUUUGAUUUGCAUCUGAAAGGCCCAAAAGUAAAGGGUGAUGUGGAUGUUUCUCUGCCUAAAGUUGAAGGUCCUGAGGUUGACAUCAAGGGCCCCAAAGUGGACAUUGAUGCACCAGAUGUGGAUGUUCAUGGCCCAGACUGGCAUCUGAAGAUGCCCAAGGUGAAAAUGCCCAAGUUCAGCAUGCCAGGCUUCAAAGGAGAAGGCCCUGAUGUGGAUGUGAACCUGCCCAAGGCUGACAUUGACGUCUCAGGACCCAAAGUGGACAUUGAAGGUCCUGAUGUGAAUAUUGAAGGACCUGAAGGGAAGUGGAAAAGUCCAAAGUUUAAGAUGCCUGAAAUGCAUUUUAAGACUCCAAAGAUAUCCAUGCCAGAUAUUGAUCUUAAUCUAACAGGUCCAAAAAUGAAAGGAGGCAUGGAAGUCACAGGUCCCAAGGUAGAAGGAGAUCUGAAAGGCCCUGAAGUUGACCUCAAGGGCCCCAAAGUGGACAUCGAUGUCCCAGAUGUGGACGUUCAUGGACCAGACUGGCACCUGAAGAUGCCUAAGAUGAAAAUGCCCAAGUUCAGCAUGCCUGGCUUCAAAGGAGAGGGCCCAGAAGUGGAUGUGAACCUGCCCAAGGCCGAUAUUGAUGUUACCGGACCAAAGGUGGACAUUGAGGGCCCUGAUGUGAACAUUGAAGGGCCAGAAGGAAAGUUGAAAGGUCCUAAAUUCAAGAUGCCUGAGAUGAACAUCAAAGCCCCCAAGAUCUCCAUGCCUGACUUUGAUUUGCAUCUGAAAGGCCCAAAAGUAAAAGGUGAUGUGGAUGUUUCCCUCCCUAAGGUGGAAGGUGACCUGAAAGGUCCUGAAGUUGACAUCAAAGGCCCCAAAGUGGGCGUCGAUGUCCCAGAUGUGGAUGUUCAUGGCCCGGACUGGCACCUGAAGAUGCCCAAGGUGAAAAUGCCCAAGUUCAGCAUGCCAGGCUUCAAAGGAGAAGGCCCUGAUGUGGAUGUGAACCUGCCCAAGGCUGACAUUGGUGUCUCAGGACCCAAGGUGGACAUUGAUGUUCCAGAUGUGAAUAUUGAAGGUCCAGAUGCAAAACUGAAGGGUCCCAAGUUCAAGAUGCCCGAGAUGAACAUCAAAGCUCCUAAGAUCUCCAUGCCUGACAUUGAUCUUAACCUGAAAGGCCCCAAAGUGAAGGGAGAUGUGGAUGUGUCUUUACCAAAAGUGGAAGGUGACAUUAAAGUUCCUGAAGUUGACAUCAAAGGCCCUAAAGUGGACAUCGAUGUCCCAGAUGUGGAUGUUCAUGGCCCGGACUGGCACCUGAAGAUGCCCAAAAUGAAAAUGCCCAAGUUCAGCAUGCCUGGCUUCAAAGGAGAAGGCCCUGAGGUGGAUGUGAACCUGCCCAAAGGCGAUAUUGAUGUCUCAGGACCCAAGGUGGACAUUGAUGUUCCAGAUGUGAAUAUCGAAGGUCCAGAUGCAAAACUGAAGGGCCCCAAGUUCAAGAUGCCCGAGAUGAACAUCAAAGCUCCUAAGAUAUCAAUGCCAGAUUUAGAUCUCAAUCUAAAAGGCCCUAAAAUGAAAGGAGAGGUCGAUGUUUCACUUCCAACUGUUGAAGGUGAUUUGAAGGGGCCUAGUAUUGACAUCAAGGGCCCGAAGAUAGAUUUGGAUGCUCCAGAGGUUGACAUUCAUGGCCCAGAAGGCAAAUUAAAAGGCCCCAAACUGAAGAUGCCUGACAUGCAUGUAAACAUGCCCAAGAUCUCCAUGCCAGAAAUUGACUUGAAUUUGAAAGGCUCGAAGCUUAAGGGAGAUGUGGAUGUUUCUGGGCCCAAGUUGGAAGGUGACAUUAAAGCUCCCAAGUUGGACGUAAAGGGCCCAGAAGUGGACAUUUCUGGUCCUAAGCUUAAUGUUGAAGGCAAAGCAAAGAAAUCUCGUUUUAAGCUUCCCAAAUUUAAUUUUUCGGGCUCCAAAGUUCAGACACCCGAGGUGGAUGUCAAAGUUAAAAAGCCAGAUAUCGAUGUAACAGGCCCCAAAGUUGAUAUCAAUGCUCCUGAUGUUGAGGUCCAAGGAAAAGUAAAAGGGUCCAAGUUCAAAAUGCCUUUUUUGAGUAUUUCAUCUCCUAAAGUUUCUAUGCCUGAUGUGGAGUUAAAUCUGAAAGGUCCUAAAGUCAAAGGAGACUUAGAUGUUACAGGUCCCAACUUAGAAGGUGACUUGAAAGGACCACAGGUGGAUCUUAAGGCACCAGAAGUUCAUCUUGAUGCACCUGAUGUGGAUGUACAUGGCCCAGAGUGGAAUUUGAAAAUGCCCAAGAUGAAAAUGCCCAAAUUUGGUGUGCCUGGCUUGAAAGCAGAAGGGCCGGAUGUGGCUGUGGAUCUACCAAAAGGAGAUAUCCACAUGGAGGCUCCUAAAAUGGACAUCGAGGGCCCAGAAGUCAAUGUGGAAGGUCUAGAAGGAGGCUUAAAAGGUCCCAAAAUCAAGAUGCCUGACGUGAAUAUCAAAGCUCCCAAGCUCUCCAUGCCUGACAUUGACUUAAACCUGAAGGGCCCCAAAGUAAAAGGUGAUGUGGAUGUUUCUCUGCCCAAAGUAGAAGGAGAUCUAAAAUUGUCAGGGGUUGACAUCAAAGGGCCCAAAGUGGGCGUCGAUGUCCCAGAUGUGGAUGUUCAUGGCCCAGACUGGCACCUGAAGAUGCCCAAGAUGAAAAUGCCCAAGUUCAGCAUGCCUGGCUUCAAAGGAGAGGGCCCUGAUGUGGAUGUGAACCUGCCCAAGGCUGACAUCGAUGUUACUGGACCCAAGGUGGACAUUGAUGUUCCAGAUGUGAAUAUCGAAGGUCCAGAUGCAAAACUGAAGGGCCCCAAGUUCAAGAUGCCCGAGAUGAACAUCAAAGCUCCCAAGAUCUCCAUGCCUGAUUUUGAUUUGAACCUGAAGGGCCCCAAAAUGAAGGGAGAUGUGGAUGUGUCUUUGCCAAAAGUGGAAGGUGACCUCAAAGGCCCUGAGGUGGACAUCAAGGGCCCCAAAGUGGACAUUGACACCCCUGAUAUUAACAUUGAAGGCCCAGAGGGGAAACUGAAAGGACCCAAAUUUAAGAUGCCAGAAAUGCACAUAAAGGCUCCCAAGAUCUCCAUGCCUGACAUUGAUUUAAACCUGAAAGGCCCCAAAGUAAAGGGUGAUGUGGAUGUUUCCCUGCCUAAGGUUGAAGGUGACCUGAAAGGCCCUGAAUUCGACAUCAAAGGCCCCAAAGUGGACAUUGAUGCACCAGAUGUGGAUGUCCAAGGCCCAGACUGGCACCUGAAGAUGCCCAAGAUAAAAAUGCCAAAGAUCAGCAUGCCUGGCUUCAAAGGAGAGGGCCCUGAUGUGGAUGUGAACCUGCCCAAGGCCGACAUUGAUGUCUCAGGACCCAAAGUGGACAUUGAAGGCCCUGAUGUGAACAUUGAAGGGCCAGAAGGAAAACUGAAAGGUCCUAAAUUCAAGAUGCCCGAGAUGAACAUCAAAGCCCCCAAGAUCUCCAUGCCUGACUUUGAUUUGCAUCUGAAAGGUCCUAAGGUCAAAGGAGAUGUGGAUGUUUCCCUGCCUAAGGUGGAAGGUGACCUGAAAGGCCCUGAAGUGGAUAUCAAAGCCCCCAAAGUGGACAUUGAUGCACCAGAUGUGGAUGUUCAAGGCCCAGAUUGGCACCUGAAGAUGCCUAAGAUAAAAAUGCCCAAGUUCAGCAUGCCUGGCUUCAAAGGAGAAGGCCCUGAGGUGGAUGUGAACCUCCCCAAGGCUGACAUUGACAUCUCAGGACCCAAGGUGGACAUUGAUGUUCCAGAUGUGAAUAUCGAAGGUCCAGAUGCAAAACUGAAGGGCCCCAAGUUCAAGAUGCCCGAGAUGAACAUCAAAGCUCCUAAGAUCUCCAUGCCUGACAUUGACUUAAACCUGAAAGGUCCCAAAGUAAAGGGCGAUGUGGAUGUUUCCCUGCCUAAGGUGGAAGGUGACCUCAAGGGCCCUGGAAUUGACAUCAAAGGGCCCAAAGUGGACAUUGAUGCUCCUGAUGUGGACGUUCAUGGCCCAGACUGGCACCUGAAGAUGCCCAAGGUGAAGAUGCCCAAGUUCAGCAUGCCUGGCUUCAAAGGAGAGGGCCCAGAAAUAGAUGUGAACUUGCCCAAAGCUGACAUUGAUGUCUCAGGACCCAAGGUGGGCAUUGAUGUUCCAGAUGUGAAUAUCGAAGGUCCAGAUGCGAAACUGAAGGGUCCCAAGUUCAAGAUGCCUGAGAUGAACAUCAAAGCUCCCAAAAUCUCCAUGCCUGACCUUGACUUAAACUUGAAGGGCCCCAAAGUGAAGGGUAAUGUGGAUGUCUCUCUGCCUAAAGUGGAAGGUGACCUCAAAGGCCCUGAGGUGGACAUCAAGGGCCCCAAAUUGGACAUUGAUACUCCUGAUAUCAAUAUUGAAGGUCCAGAAGGAAAACUGAAGGGGCCCAAGUUUAAGAUGCCAGAGAUGCACAUUAAAGCCCCCAAGAUCUCCAUGCCUGACUUUGACUUAAACCUGAAAGGGCCAAAGGCAAAGGGUGAUGUGGACCUUUCACUGCCUAAGGUGGAAGGUGAUCUGAAAGGGCCAGAGAUGGACAUUGAGGGUCCUGAAGGGAAACUCAAAGGACCUAAAUUUAAGAUGCCUGAUGUGCAUUUCAAAACCCCACAAAUCUCCAUGAGUGACAUUGAUUUGAACUUGAAAGGACCAAAGGUAAAAGGAGAUUUGGACAUUUCUGUUCCUAAACUAGAAGGAGAUCUGAAAGGCCCCAAAGUGGAUGUUAAAGGCCCUAAGCUGGACAUAGACACUCCUGACAUUGACAUUCAUGGCCCAGAAGGGAAACUGAAGGGCCCCAAGUUUAAAAUGCCUGACCUGCACCUCAAAGCACCCAAGAUCUCCAUGCCUGAGGUUGACCUGAAUCUGAAGGGCCCCAAAAGUGAAGGGAGAUGUGGAUGUGUCUCUGCCCAAAGUGGAAGGUGACCUCAAGGGCCCUGAAGUUGACAUCAAGGGCCCUAAAGUGGACAUCGAUGUCCCGGAUGUGGAUGUUCAUGGCCCGGACUGGCACCUGAAGAUGCCCAAGGUGAAAAUGCCCAAGUUCAGCAUGCCAGGCUUCAAAGGAG